AGUGCCGCGGGAGAUGCGUCCCGGUUGCUGCUGGUUCUACGCGGAGAAGAAGAAAGCGGCUUCGCACGGUUCUGUUUCCUGCGCGGUCACCGGGCAGCUCGUGGACUCUCAUGUCGGCUCUCUACGUUCACGUUGCCUUCAAACUUUCGUCCUGUGAGUGAAGCUCUGCGUGACCCGCGGAGGAGAGCACCGACACCGCGCGCGCAGGGAGCGUGUAUUCAUUGACAGCAGGUUCCCGGAGGAGGAAGGCGUCAACGUGCCCUUGAUUAGCGGAGGCGUGCUCCACCUGCGCCGCCGGGACUUCAAAGUGCCGACCAGCAUGUACACCAUCACGAAGGGGCCGAGCAAACUGGCCACCCAGCGACGGACAGGGCCUACUCAGCAACUUGACAACAAAAUAAACGAUUUUAAGCACAAACAAACGUCCUGGAGUGUGCCAGACCUUCCUGCACCCAAGAUAGUUUUCAGCCGUCCGAACGGUAAGAAGUACCACCACCCUGCGCCGGCUCUCCCGGAAGACAACCAGCAGGAAGAGAGCUUCACAGCUGUGCACGAGGAAAACGUCAAGUUUGUCUACGAUGCCUGGCUGGAGGUGCAGCAGAGCCCAGAGGCCCAGGGAGCAGCCUACUACAAAGAAGCCGCUCCAAACCUGCACAUGGCCAACUUCGUCCCCAUAGAUCUGGAUGAAUGGUGGGCCCAACGUUUCCUUGCCAACAUCGACAAGCUAUCCUGACCCUCCUCGGUUUGUGGAUGUUGACGGUCAGUUGGAGCGCUGCAGCCGGAUGCUGCGUGGAGUCGAGGCGGCAAGGCCCAAAGUGGUUUGAAUGGCGGCGCUGGGACGCUCGCAUCGGAACCAGAGAAUCGCCUCGCUUGAACUCUCGCAUUUGAACUGCGAUCCAUCGCUGAAGAUUCUCUCUGCGUCGGACGGCGUGGACUCGAGGUUUCUCUUCUUUCCACCCUCACAGCGAGAUGUCAUGUUCCUUUUGAAAUGCAGUAAAAUUGUAUUUAAGAAGCUC